AUGUUUAGCAUGUCUCUGCUUUGGUGGAGACCCAGAAAGAUCGAAGAACAUUUCUCCAAACAAGGAAUUCGAGGUCCUCCUUAUCAUUUCUUCAUCGGUGCUACAUUUCUCGUAUGGUUCGGACCAACUUUCCGGUUAACGGUGGCGGAUCCGGAUCUGAUCCGAGAGAUAUUUUCAAAAUCUGAGUUCUACGAGAAGAACGAAGCUCAUCCUUUGGUUAAGCAGCUUGAAGGCGAUGGACUUCUAAGCCUCAAAGGCGAAAAAUGGGCCUAUCAUCGCAAAAUCAUCAGUCCUACUUUCCAUAUGGAGAAUCUCAAAUUGCUUGUACCGGUUGUGUCGAAGAGUGUUACGGAGAUGGUGGAGAAAUGGUCGGAAAAGUUAUCGGAAAACGGCGAUGUUGAGAUUGAUGUCUAUGAGUGGUUUCAGAUUUUGACUGAAGAUGUUAUAAGUAGAACAGCUUUUGGAAGUAGCUAUGAAGAUGGCCGAGCGAUUUUUCGACUUCAAGCUCAACAAAUGAUUCUUUGCGCCGAAGCUUUUCAGAAAGUUUUCAUUCCAGGUUACAGAUUUUUUCCAACGAAAGGGAAUCUCAAAUCAUGGAAAUUAGACAAGGAGAUCAGGAAAUCUUUGUUGAGGCUAAUAGAGCGGCGGAGAAAGAUCGCCGGCAAAGGAGACGGUGAAGAAGUUAAGGAGCCGGAGCCAACGGCGAAGGAUUUGCUGGGUUUGAUGAUUCAGGCGAAGAACGUGACGGUGCAGGAUAUUGUAGAGGAGUGUAAAAGCUUCUUUUUCGCCGGAAAACAGACAACAUCCAAUCUGCUGACGUGGACGACCAUCUUGCUAGCCAUGCACCCGGAGUGGCAGGCCAAAGCACGUGAUGAGGUCCUCAGGGUCUGCGGCUCACGUGAUGUCCCCACUAAAGACCAUGUCGUUAAGCUCAAAACGUUGGGCAUGAUUCUAAACGAGUCCCUAAGGUUGUAUCCACCAAUAGUAGCUACGAUCAGACGCGCAAAAUCGGAUGUAGAGCUAGGAGGGUACAAAAUCCCCUGUGGCACGGAGCUUCUAAUCCCGAUUAUAGCGGUACAUCACGAUCAAGCGAUUUGGGGUAACGACGUGAGCGAAUUCAAUCCAGCUCGAUUCGCGAACGGAGUUCCCCGUGCCGCAAAACACCCCGUUGGGUUCAUACCAUUCGGUCUAGGAGUCCGAACGUGUAUUGGUCAGAACCUUGCCAUACUUCAAGCCAAAUUGACACUCGCUAUUAUGAUCCAACGAUCCACUUUUCACUUAGCUCCUACUUACCAGCACGCACCUACGGUCCUCAUGUUGCUCUAUCCUCAGCACGGUGCACCAAUCACUUUCCGGAGGUUGAACAAUUGCGAAGAUUGCUAAGAGAUCAACGAUUUAGAUUUGUUCAGGGGUUUCAAGCCUUGCAAGAAAAAAUGUCUCAAGCUUUCAAAACUGACAUGUCUCUUUUUCUACUGUCAUUUUUAACCUCAUAAAAAUAUAGUUUUAACUUUCAAAACCAUUUUUUUUUUGUUCUUUCCAUUUUUUUUAAUUGUUUUUACCAUCUACAUCUGGGUUUGGGUUAUGCUUAUGUUUGAUUUUUGCUAUCUAGGACCAGGACCAUGAUUUAUGUGAAAAAGAGUGCUAACAAGUAUGUUAAAAAUUUGUUUCAACUCACUAUUUUGUAUGUAUUGUGACAUAUAUAUAUAUAAUAUAUAGUUUGUAA